AGAACCCUAUGUCUGCUCCCAGUUUUCUAAGGUGAGCUAAAAUAUUUCCUCGUUUUACAGCCCCAUUGAGUCCUUUGCAAUUCCAUGAAACAAAUUUUACAAGAUUUUGUGGCCCCGUUAAUCCCCCAUUCUUAUCACUUGACAUGAUCAUAUUCAAAAACAAAACAAUUGACUUCUUUCAAAGUUUUUGUAAGGCUACUUGUAACAAAAAAAUGAAUUGGAAAAAAAAAAAGUGCAGGUGGACAAACAACAAACCUGAACAAUAACUUCUGUUCCCUCUUUAAACUCUCUGAACAGACAGUUCCAACAGAACUUACUUUAAGAGAGCAGUUAUACAAAUGAAGAACUCCUGGAUCUUCCAAUUCCAAGAGGAAUGUGAACAUUUGACUUACCACUAAGCUCCAUAACAUAUUGUGCAUAUAAAAGAAAACUUACUUCCCAGCUCUUACGCUCAAAUAUACUUAUUGAACAUUAACAUUUGUAGUUGUAUUUAGAACCAAUAGUCAUUGUUUACCGCUCCUCCUGUGAAAACAGCGCGUUGGUCCUGAUGAAUUUCUCAGCUGACGGUGGAUCAUUGAAUUAAUGGAAAAUGCAUAGACAUGCCGCGACUCCAACUAUUCGAAUGUUUUGCCUACGGCUUCUGUUUUCCAGGUCAGCGCACUUGUCGCGUAGCUUCUUGUAGUCACUCGCUAGUGUUUGGUAUUCCUUUUCAAUAUUGACUAACCUGUCGGAUGUAUCACUGAGGGAUCUUUCCAUUUCUUUUUGUGUAUUCGCCAUGUCUAUUUGACUUGUUGAAAGCUUGUCUACUCGUUCAGUUAGUUCGUUCCGUAUAGUUUCAAUGUCUGUUUUGGUCUGGUCUCGUAAAACGGCGAUAUCAUCCCUUAUUUCUUUGCAGUGGCUUUCAAUCUCACCUCUAAUGUCGCCUCUUGUGAUUUCUCGGUACAUUUCAAACUGUUUUCGCAGUUCUGUGCGCAGCAUCCCCAGGGAAAUGGGUCCCUCAUCACUCGUAGAGUCGGUGUUAGCUUUAGCAUUAGCUUUAACAUUAACGCUAGCUGCCUCAUUCUUGUCUCCGCUGGAGAGCGUAUCAACUUCUAUGGUCGUCUGUGUGUAUUUUUUUCCUUUCCUGGUGUCCAUAUUUUAUUUUCAAACGUGUGUGACCUCAAACAUGAAUGAAGAAGAGCCUGAGAAAUAAGAUGUAUAUGAUUUUUGUUCGGAGCUGGUCACUCUCGCUGCCUGCUCCAUUUGACCGGAAGCGGAAGUCCAUGUCCUAGUAUUUUAGUCAUUAAAUGUUCAUAUCUGAAAUACGUAGUGAGUAUAUAUGAAAAGAAUAACUUAACAAAAACCUAUAUGCUAAGAAUGAAAAGUGAGCAGUCACCACUUGCUUGAUUCUGUUCAUUGUUAGUAAAAUGAUGUCUUUAUAAAAAUUAACCAUGCAUUCAAACAGUAAAGAGCAGGCAUGAGACAAUACACUAAAGCCAUGAUACGAGACAUAUCCCUCUACAGGCUUCACAAGAUGAUAGUGAUGAGAGUGUGUUGACACAAAUUAAACCGCUGCAAUAUCUAUACAAUUGGGCCAUAAUCAAAGUUUUUAAUUUUUUCCCCACAUUUAUCUUAUUCUAUCAACUAACACCAAUAAUCUAUAGACUCUGAAAUUAGAACAGGAUGUUUCUGUAGCAAAAAGAAAGGCUUUUAUUAUACUGAUUAUAAUUAAAAAGUUUUUUUAUUUUUUAUGAAUUGAUGUUUAAUUUUAUUUGAUGCCAGCUGUUCUGAUGAGAAAAAGGAUUAACCUAUUGAGAUGAUGUAUUUUCCCUGUUUCUGUUAGGAAAUUACUAGCCAGAUAUAGCUACACUAUAAGCACAGAGAAAUGGAGGUGAGAGUCAGUGAAGUAGUUGCUGCAGUUUUUUAUUGCAGAAGAAAAGUUGAUCAGGAUUUAUAAUGUAAUGUGUAACUUUCCCCUGUUAUUAACAUAUAAUUUUAUUUUGUUUUUCAGUGGAGCUGCCAUAAAGCUAUUUCAUGGCACUGUUAUUAAUGUAGAAAGAUUGUUUGAUGGUAAAUUUUGCCCCAAAUGAUUAAAAUAACAAAUUAGUGUCAUCACCACUCCUACUGCUGUCUGACAUCCAUCUGAAAUGCACAAUGCGUCACACUUACCACUUUAACUGAUGAGGAAAACCAUCCUGACUUUAUUUUGUAUAUUUCCUCACCCCAGGCAAUUAAUUUGUGGUUACGCCACUACCAGCACAAAACACAGUGUGCUUCUGAAUUGUUUUAGACGUGAGUGUGACUUACAUCUCUUGCAGCACACAGGCGUUACUUCUAACCUGCAUUUCGGACUGCGUUCAAGUCAACCGCGAUAGAAACUGUAGUGCACAUAUACACAACGGUUUAUGGUAACUAUCUUUGCAUGGCUUCACUUUGGAUAUCUGCUGUGAAUUCUGGACAGUUUGAAAAUGUUGAGCAGUAGUGUACUACGAGCCGUUUCAGUGUUAUUUUUUCCAAGUUCACGCAGGCCAAAUGAAACAAGACUGUGGACUAUUAAUAAACUCCAGAGAAAGAGAUCAGACUCACCAGCACCCAGCUGUGUCUCCAUGAAGAGUGAUGAAUCUAUGGAGCCUCCUCGGAACUUUAAAAAUGGAAACCCUUCAUGUGCACACAGUAAACAACAGAGAAGGAGAUCAGACUCACCAGAACCCAGCUGUGUCUCCAUGAAGAGUGAUGAGUCUAUGGAGCCUCCUCGGAACUUUAGAAAUAGAGACUCCUCAUCUGUACCCAGGUCUACAAAGUUGGUGAAUUUAGAGCUGUGGAUUCUGGACAGUUUGAAAAUGUUGAGCAGUAGUGUACUACGAGCCGUUUCAGUGUUAUUUUUUCCAAGUUCACACAGGCCAAAUGAAACAAGACUGUGGACUAUUAAUAAACUCCAGAGAAAGAGAUCAGACUCACCAGCACCCAGCUGUGUCUCCAUGAAGAGUGAUGAAUCUAUGGAGCCUCCUCGGAACUUUAAAAAUGGAAAUCCUUCAUGUGCACACAGUAAACCCAAGAGAAGGAGAUCAGACUCACCAGAACCCAGCUGUGUCUCCAUGAAGAGUGAUGAGUCUAUGGAGCCUCCUCGGAACUUUAGAAAUAGAGACUCCUCAUCUGUACCCAGGUCUACAAAGUUGGUGAAUUUAGAGCUGUGGAUUCUGGACAGUUUGAAAAUGUUGAGCAGUAGUGUACUACGAGCCGUUUCAGUGUUAUUUUUUCCAAGUUCACGCAGGCCAAAUGAAACAAGACUGUGGACUAUUAAUAAACUCCAGAGAAAGAGAUCAGACUCACCAGCACCCAGCUGUGUCUCCAUGAAGAGUGAUGAAUCUAUGGAGCCUCCUCGGAACUUUAAAAAUGGAAAUCCUUCAUGUGCACACAGUAAACCCAAGAGAAGGAGAUCAGACUCACCAGAACCCAGCUGUGUCUCCAUGAAGAGUGAUGAGUCUAUGGAGCCUCCUCGGAACUUUAGAAAUAGAGACUCCUCAUCUGUACCCAGAGUUCUACAGAAGUCAGGAGACAGAAGAGAAAAGAACAUCAUCACAGCUACAGGACACGACCCAGAAUCUGCUGCUGUAAAUGAAUUCCAGAAAAAGUUGAAAUUAAAUCUGAUGAAGAAAUUUCAGUGUUUAAAUGGAGUGAUAAUAAACCAGGAAAACCGAACACUCCUGAAUGAGAUCUACACAGAGCUCUACAUCACAGAGGGAGACAGUGGAGACGUCAAUAAAGAACAUGAGGUGAGACAGAUCGAGGCAGCAUCCAGGAGAACAACAACAGAGGAAACACCAAUCAAAUGCAAUGACAUCUUUAAGCCCUCAUCUGAACAAGACGAACCCAUCAGAACUGUGCUGACGAAGGGAGUCGCUGGCAUCGGAAAAACAGUCUCCGUGCAGAAGUUCAUUCUGGACUGGGCUGAAGGGAAAGCUAAUCAGGACCUCCACUUCAUAUUUCCACUUCCUUUCAGAGAGCUGAAUUUGAUGAAGGACCAAAAACUGAGUCUGAUGGAUCUCCUCCAUGUCUGUUUUAAAGAAACAAAUGAAACAGAAAUGUCCAGUGUGAAAAAGGUUCUGUUCAUUUUUGAUGGACUGGAUGAGUGUCGUUUUCCUCUGGAUUUCCAGAACACAGUGAGAGUGUGUGAUCUAAAUGAAUCAGCAUCAGUGCAUGUGCUGUUGAUAAACCUGAUCAAGGGGAAUCUGCUUCCCUCUGCUCUCAUCUGGAUCACUUCCCGACCAGCAGCAGCUGAACAAAUCCCCUCUGAGUAUGUCCAUCGAGUCACAGAGAUACGAGGGUUCAAUGACCCACAGAAGGAGGAGUACUUGAGGAAGAGAAUCAGUGAUCAGAGCCUGGCCAAUAACAUCAUCACACACCUGAAGUCAUUAAGAAGCCUCUACAUCAUGUGCCAUAUCCCAGUCUUCUGCUGGAUUUCAGCCACUGUUCUAGAGAGAGUGUUGGGUGAAGCAGAGAGUGGAGAGAUCCCCAAGACUCUGACUCAAAUGUACACACACUUCCUCAUCAUUCAGACAAACAUCAUAAGAGAAAAGUACUCAAAGAAGCAGGAGAGUGAUGAAGAAAUGCUUCUCAAACUGGGACACCUGGCUUUUCAGCAGCUGCAGAAAGGCAACCUGAUCUUCUAUGAGGAAGAUCUGAGAGAGUGUGGCAUUGAUGUGACAGAAGCAGCAGUGUACUCAGGUGUGUGUACGCAGAUCUUCAGAGAGGAGUUUGGGCUUCACCAGAGUAAAGUGUAUUGCUUUGUUCAUCUGAGCCUCCAGGAGCAUCUCGCAGCUCUGUAUGUGCACCUGACAUUCAUGAAGGAAAAGAGAAAUGUUCUUGUACAGAGUCGGGUCUUUAAGACAAUUUCUGAUGUCCGCGAGAGUGCUGUAGAUCAGGCCUUAGAAUGUGCAUCUGGACAUCUGGAUCUUUUUGUCCGCUUUCUUCUGGGUCUCUCACUGGAGUCCAAUCAGAAACUCUUACAUGCCUUAGUAACCCAGACAGGAAGUAGCUCCCAGACAGAAAAUAGGAAAACAGUACAGUACAUCAAGAAGAAGAUCAGUAGAGAUGUUUCUACAGAGAAAUCCAUCAAUCUGUUCCACUGUCUGAAUGAACUGGGUGACAAUUCCCUAGUGGAGGAAAUCCAACGCUACCUGAAAUCUGGAAAACAAAGAAAACUCUCUUCUUCACAGUGGUCUGCUCUGGUGUUUGUCUUACUGACUUCAGCACAGGAGCUGGAGGAAUUUGACCUGAGUAAAUAUACCAGUACAGAUAAAAUAAGAGAAGAGAUUGUUGUGAAGGUGAUGCCUGUGAUUGCAGCAUCAAGGAAAGCAAUUAUCAGGUGUGAUACAAUUCAAGAAAGAAGUUGGUCAGCUCUUGCCUCAGUGCUCAACUCAGAUACCUCCAAUCUGAAAGAACUGCAUCUGACUGUGAAUACACUGGAUCUGUCUGAGAAUAAAUUAGGAGACUCAGGAGUGAAGAAUCUCUCUGCUCUGUUGGAGAAUCCUCACUGUAAAGUGAAACAUCUGAGGUUGCGUGGUUGUGGUGUCUCAGAUGAAGGCUGUGCUGCUCUGACUUCAGCUCUGAGAUCAAACCCCUCACACCUGAGAGACCUGGAGCUGUCUGAGAAUAAUCUAGGAGACUCAGGAGUGAAGUGUGUCUCUGCUGUACUGGAGAAUCCUCACUGUAAACUGGAGAUACUGUGCUUGCGUAGUUGUGGUGUCUCAGAUGAAGGCUGUGCUGCUCUGGCUUCAGCUCUGAGAUCAAACCCCUCACACCUGAGAGAACUGGAGCUGUCUCAGAAUAAUCUAGGAGACUCAGGAGUGAAGUGUCUCUCUGCUGUACUGGAGAAUCCUGACUGUAAACUGGAGAUACUGAGGUUGCAUAGUUGUGGUGUCUCAGAUGAAGGCUGUGCUGCUCUGGCUUCAGCUCUGAAAUCAAACCCCUCACACCUGAGAGAACUGUAUCUGUGUCAGAAUAAACUAGGAGAAUCAUGUGGGAAGUGUCUCUCUGCUCUACUGGAGAAUCCUGAUUGUAAACUGGAGAAACUGAGCUUGCGUGGUUGUGGUGUCUCAGAUGAAGGCUGUGCUGCUCUGGCUUCAGCUCUGAGAUCAAACCCCUCACACCUGAGACAUCUGGAGCUGGGUGAAAAUAAUCUAGGAGACUCAGGAGUGAAGUGUCUCUCUGCUGUACUGGAGAAUCCUGACUGUAAACUGGAGAUACUGUGGUUGCGUGGUUGUGGUGUCUCAGAUGAAGGCUGUGCUGCUCUGACUUCAGCUCUGAAAUCAAACCCCUCACACCUGAGAGACCUGAAUCUGUGUCAGAAUAAUCUAGGAGACUCAGGAGUGAAGUGUGUCUCUGCUGUACUGGAGAAUCCUCACUGUAAACUGGAGAAACUGAGGUUGAUUCGUUGUGGUGUCUCAGAUGAAGGCUGUCCUGCUCUGGCUUCAGCUCUGAGAUCAAACCCCUCACACCUGAGAGACCUGGAUCUGUCCGAGAAUAAACUAGGAGACUCAGGAGUGAAGUGUCUCUCUGGUGUACUGGAGAAUCCUCACUGUAAACUGGAGUUCCUGAACUUGCGUAGUUGUGGUGUUUCAGCUGAAGGCUGUGCUGCUCUGACUUCAGCUCUGAAAUCAAACCUCUCACACCUGAGACACCUGGAGCUGGGUUAUAAUAAACUAAGAGACUCAGGAGUGAAGUGUCUCUCUGCUCUACUGGAGAAUCCUGACUGUAAACUGGAGACACUGUGGUUGAUUGGUUGUGGUGUCUCAGAUGAAGGCUGUGCUGCUCUGACUUCAGCUCUGAGAUCAAACCCCUCAAACCUGAGAGACCUGGAUCUGUCAGAGAAUAAUCUAGGAGACUCAGGAGUGAAGUGUGUCUCUGCUCUACUGGAGAAUCCUCACUGUAAACUGGAGAUACUGUGGUUGCGUGGUUGUGGUGUCUCAGAUGAAGGCUGUGCUGCUCUGACUUCAGCUCUGAAAUCAAACCCCUCACACCUGAGAGAACUGAAUCUGUGUCAGAAUAAACUAGGAGAAUCAUGUGGGAAGUGUCUCUAUGCUCUACUGGAGAAUCCUCACUGUAAACUGGAGAUACUGAGGUUCUGUAGUUGUGAUGUCUCAGAUGAACACUGUGCUGCUCUGACUUCAGCUCUAAAAUCCAACCCCUCAAACCUGAGAGACCUGGAUCUGUCAGGGAGGAAUCUAGGAGACUCAGGAGUGAAGUGUGUCUCUGCUGUACUGGAGAAUCCUCACUGUAAACUGGAGAUACUGAGGUUGCGUAGGUGUGGUGUUUCAGAUGAAGGCUGUGCUGCUCUGGCUUCAGCUCUGAGAUCAAACCCUUCACACCUGAGAGACCUGGAGCUGUCUGAUAAUAAUCUAGGAGACUCAGGAGUGAAGUGUCUCUCUGCUGUACUGGAGAAUCCUCACUGUAAACUUGAGAAACUGAGCUUGCAUAGUUGUGGUGUCUCAGAUGAAGGCUGUGCUGCUCUGACUUCAGCUCUGAGAUCAAACCCCUCACACCUGAGACACCUGGAGCUGGGUGAAAAUAAUCUAGGAGACUCAGGAGGGAAGAGUCUCUCUGCUGUACUGGAGAAUCCUCACUGUAAACUGGAGAUACUGUGGUUGCGUAGGUGUGGUGUCUCAGAUGAAGGCUGUGCUGCUCUGGCUUCAGCUCUGAGAUCAAACCCCUCACACCUGAGACACCUGGAGCUGGGUGAAAAUAAUCUAGGAGACUCAGGAGUGAAGUGUGUCUCUGCUCUACUGGAGAAUCCUCACUGUAAACUGGAGAUACUGUGGUUGCGUAGUUGUGGUGUCUCAGAUGAAGGCUGUGCUGCUCUGGCUUCAGCUCUGAGAUCAAACCCCUCACACCUGAGAGACCUGGAGCUGUCUGGGAAUAGAAUAGGAUACACAGGAGUGAAGUGUCUCUCUACUCUGAAGAAUGAUGAACAUUACAAACUACAGACACUGGGAUUUGAUUAGACUACACACAAUUAUACACUGAGUGUAGAAUGACCUGUGAUCCCUGGACAAAAUUUCCUCAAUCCCAGAGAAAACCUGAGGGAAUAAUUUGGAAGAGCAGGUGAAAAACCACACGAAUUGGAACUGAACCCAGUCAGUGGAAGAUGGAGCUGAAAUGGACAGGAGCAGUUUCAAGACAUUGGUGGGAUUCUCACAGGACUUGGCAUCUGAGGAGUUUAUGUGAGGAAGCUCCUAGGAGACGCUACAAGUCACGUUUAUCACUUUGUCCUUUGGCUGGUGUUUAAAAUAAUUUAGAUCUUUUGUUACAGACCUAUGUUCUUCAUUUUCUCUGAUAUCUGAUCCCUGUUUUUUGAUGGUAUCAGCUGAUCAUACCCGAUAUGGGAUCAGUGCCAUCUCUAGUACUUAAGUAUACACUACUCGUAAUAUUUUGCACAAUUGUAUCAAAUACAUUUUGACGAAAUAAAUAUAUAAACACAGUGUAAUUAUUUUUGUUGUAUAAAAUUAGUUUAUGUAUUUAUCAUUAAUUUUGUAGCAAUAAAAUUAAUUUCUGUAACAGUUAUUCAAAAUAAAUUUGUCUAACAAAAGAUAUAGGAGUUUAUUUGGGCGAUAUAAUUCCGUUAUUUCUUGGUAUUUCAGUUGUAAGAGAUUGGGAGAGAAACACACACACCAGUUUUUGCAAAAGCAAUAACAAAAGCUUUUUUUAUUUAAAAAAAUAAUAAUAAUAAAGUCCACCCUAGUGAAAAAAAAGUAUAAUUUAUUGUAUUUGUAAUAUAUUUCCUGUUUCAAUAGUACAUUGCAAAUAUACUAAAAAAAUUGUACUAACUUUAAAUAUAUAAAAGUGUAUUACCACCAUGCUUUUACCUAUUUUUACCAACUUUUAACACACUUUAAAAUAAUUGUAAUUUAGUAUAUUUUCUAAAAAUAUAUUUUACAAAAAUAUACUUGAAUUGAAAGUUUUGUUUAUUUUUUUAAAAGUGUAUUUAUUUGCACUUUAUGUAAAUAUAUUUUAGUAUUAUUUUGAACUGUGUGCUGAAAAUGACCAUUGUAACAAUGCAUUGAAAGUAUACUUUCAAAGUACAUUAUUAAAUAACCUGAAGGUGUAGUAUACUUUAAGUUCAAUUUUGGAGUAAUUUUUAAGUGGACUUCUUCAAGCUUGCAAUUCACUUCAUUACUGCUUUCAGAAAGUAAUAAAACAUAUGAUAAAUGCGUUGAAAGCCCAUUUAAAACAUUUUUAAAUAAAGUGUAUGCACUGCACAAAAGGCUACUCUUGUAAUUGUGAUUUAAGUAUUUUAAUAAAUUUAUACAAUGUCACAGAGAGGUCCAAUGUAUAAA